UGGACCAAUAUGGCGGAAAAAGCUUAUUAACUUUUGUCUUAGAAUUAUUCCAGAGAAAAGUUUAAUCUAUCUUCGUUUCUGUUCACGUUAUUCUCGUCGACAUGACUCUUAUGGUUUUCUUUGGGUGCGCUUUUAUAGCAUUUGGACCAGCAUUGGCGCUGUUUUCCCUCACUGUAGCUAAAGAUGCUCAGCAAGUGAUUGUGUUGAUUGCAAGUGCUUUCUUCUGGUUACUGUCACUACUGCUGUCGUCAAUCUGGUGGACUGUUGUGUCUCCCUUAAAGAAGCAGCUAGCAUUUGGAAUCACAUUUUCAGUUAUCUUUCAAGAACUCUUUAGAUUGGCUUUCUACAAACUGAUGAGGAAAGCAGAUGAAGGUCUCCUUUCAAUGAUCAACAACCAGACACCACUAAGGAAACACAGGAUUGCAUAUGUUUCUGGUCUUGGCUAUGGUAUUAUUAGCGGAUUAUUUGCCAUGGUGAAUGUAUUGGCAGACAUAACAGGCCCUGGGUCAUUAGGGUUAGAUGGUUCUCCUCAAAACUUCCUCAUUGUCUCAGCUUUCUUGACCUCCUGUUUUGUUCUGCUGAAUACAUUUUGGGGAGUAAUAUGGUUCAAUGCUUGGGAUCACAAGAAUUGGAUCAACAUCAUUCUAGUUGUGGCCAGUCACCUUUUUGUAUCACUUAUUACGCUUCUGAAUCAUCAAUAUCACUAUGUUGCCUCACUUGUGUGUGCAUACAUCACCAUGGUAAUUAUGGGAGUAAUGGCGUUCAAGACUGCCGGAGGAAGCCUCUUUAACAUUUACAGACUCUUUUCACGGCAGACACACCAUGAUUACUAACAUGAAUCCAAACUUGACCAAAAUGUAAACUGUAUAUAAGAUAACUGACCUCAUAAAAUGUUCAGCAAGUUUAAUCACAGUGGAAAUGUAAACCGUUGAAGGGACAACACAAUGUGAGGCUUAGAAAGCUCGCGGUUGUUAAAAUUCUUUAGUACAUGGUAUCCUAUACUGCUCAGACUUGCUGAGAUAAUAUUUCCUCCAAAACUUCUUAAACCCUUUACACCCAAGUAUCAGUGUCUAUAUUCUCCUUAAUCUUCCCUAUACACUACCUUUGUUGCUGAUGAGGAGAAUUUGUUUAAAAAUCAAAGCUUGUUAGGUUAGCAAUCAUUUCCUUUAUUCUCCUGAUCUUAAUGAAUGAUUCAGCAGUAUUAAUGUAAGGAGAAAUUACAUGCUGGUCACUCUCAGGGUUUAAGGGGUUAAACAGGCAUUAGAGCAAAUGAACUGGUGCUUGAGAAGGUCUAGCAGAAAGCAUAUGUUUGCUUUUGUUCCUAUUUUUUCUUCAACUUCUUGCAUAUGUAGCUUGCAGUUGUGUCAACAAAACACAAUUUUCAUCUGAAGGUGGUACCUGUUCAUUAAUAGAUGUAUCUGUCUGAAAUCCAUCACCAGAUAUUUUGACAGUUAUGGAAAUACUUUGAUGAUAUUGUCUGAUAACUUUGCCUUCAUGUAAUUUGCUCAGAUUUGAGGCUUAUUUCAAAUUAAAGGUAUCGAAAAAUAGAGAAAAGGAAAAAAAAAAAAAAGGCGUGAAGAUUAUAUGUGUUUAAUGGUAAUUAACAAGUAUAAUGCUCAAAUGUUUGAGCAUUGUACUUGUACUUCUUGGAAUUUGCAAACAGCUCUCUGAAAAAAGAAAUCUUCAUCAAACCUCUUCAAUAGCCCUUAAGAUUCAACCACCAAGAGGUAAAACACCACAUGAAAGUUUUCAGGGAUGCAGGCUUGCAGUACAUUCUCACUAUUGAUGAAAUCUAGCUUUGCUCAUAGUCAAGAGAUGAAGAAAGAUCAGUUCUGCUUUUCUCUCUCAGUGAAACAUGAUCACAUUAAUUGGCAGUGCUCAUUUAUUUACCCCUUACACCUUACCCUGCCUGAUCAAUAUAAAUUCAGUUGACUGAAAGGUUAGUUAAAAGAUGAAUAUGCUGUACAGGUAAACACUGGACUUUUGCAGUGCAGUUUUAAUGUCUCAGUACUCUGUAUAAGUUUGAACAAGCUGUUGGUUGGCAUAACACAAGAUUCAUUAAAUCGUUCUUCCCUGA